AUGGCGCUCUCCACCGCCUUGCUCUUUCCGCUCUCCAGGAACGCCAGGACGCAGCAGCAGCAGCAGCAGCAGCAGCAGCAGCAGCAGCGGCGGCAGCAGCGGUACACCCGAGCAUCUCCACCUGUUCCUUCCCCCAGCCGCUCCGCUCCACUCCCCCAUAGCGCAGCAAGCAGCAGCAGCAGCAGCAGCAGCAGCAGCAGCAGCAACAACAACAAAAACAGCAACGACAGCAGCAGCAGCAGCAGCAGCAGCGCGCAUGCGUUUUCUUCCACUGCGCGCGUCUUCGUUGACCGCAACACCAAAGUGAUCUGCCAGGGCUUAACGGGCCACCAGGGGAGUUUCCACAGCGAACAGGCGCUGCUCUACGGCACGCAGCUGGUGGGGGGGGUAAACCCUUCAAAGGGGGGCAGCACUUGGAGAAGUUCUUGUGGGAGGUUUGAACUCCCCGUCUUCAGUUCCGUGCAGGAAGCGAAGGAAGCAACUGGCUGCGACGCUUCUAUGAUAUUUGUGCCUCCUGCGAGAGCAGCAGCAGCAAUUAAGGAAUGCAUCGAAGCAAAGUUGCAGCUGGCAGUUUGCAUAACUGAGGGCAUUCCGCUGCACGACAUGGCCCGCAUCAAGCUGCUGCUGCAGCAGCAGCAGCAGCAGCAGCAGCAGCAGCAGCAGCAGCAAGUCACUCGCCUCAUUGGCCCCAACUGCCCCGGCAUUAUCAAACCUGGGGAAUGCAAAAUUGGAAUUAUGCCCGGCUAUAUUCACAUGAAGGGUUGUGUUGGUGAGACUUUUUAA